CUUCUAUAGAAAGAGUCAAUAAAGCUUUGCAGAGAACUAUCCUUUUGCGAGCUUUUUACUAAGGAUUAAGACGAUGACUGCACUGACGCUGUAGUUACCUCGCUGAGGUGUUCCUAUAAAAAAUACCUUGUAGGUAUCGCAUUACGAGUUCUACCUUUAUAUAUUCCCUCUUAGCCAGCUUGCGCUUACCGUUAAUACAAUGAAUCGGAAACUCACUGAAGCGACCACUCUGGAGACCGGCGAGCGUGUUAUUGCUGGAAGUGUGCGACCAGAUGGAACGGUUCGGAAGGAACGCCGGAUUCGGGCUGGAUACACGCCGCAGGAUGAGCAGCCGGUGUAUCAAUCGCGUGGGACAGUGGCAAAGCAAAACGUGCCAACCUGCCCGGGCAUGGAUGAGGCCGAGGUUGCUGCGCUAAAGCAGCAGGCGGCCAAGGGCAAGAAGCCCUCGAACCCCUCCAGCCAACCAGCCAAGCCCAAGCCUGCUGCCACACAACAACAACCAAGCAGCAGCGGUAACGGCAGCUCGGCGGCUGCAUCCGCCCAGCCUGCUGCUCCCGCCCCUGCCCCCGCUGCUGCCCCCGAGGACCCCAAGGCGGCGCUGGAGAAGCAGAUCCGCACGCUGCGCAAGAAGGUACGGCAGUGCGCUGACCUGGCGGAGAAGCGCGCUGCGGGCGGCAGCCUGGACAAGGACCAGGAGGAGAAGCUGGCCAGGGGGGCGGAGUGGGAGAAGGAGGUGCAGCAGCUGGAGGAGCAGCUGGCCAAGCUGGGCGUCUAGGGUAGGCGGCGUACCGCAGCGAUGGAGCAACAGCGGCAGGGGGAGCUGCAAGCUGCCGUGACGUUGGCUGCCCCGGAGCGCAGCAGCAGGCGCCUGCCUCACAGCAGUGAGUGAGUGAGUGGGUGGAAUCUCACACCUACUUUCCGCGCGUCAAGUCGUCGCUGGUUCAGGGCACGGCUGAAUCUCCGAGCCGCCGCUCCGAGCGUAGGUGUUGAUGUACGGGUGCUGAGCUUGGCGGUGUUCACUAAUGUAUUGAGGGUGCUGUGCCACGGCUGCUUUGUCAAGAGGGGCAUCCACUUGCGAGGUGGGGGCUUGGUGCGAGGUCUCAUCGCUUACGACGUUCUGGCAAGUAAGAGUUGACGCAUUAACCCUCGUCGUAGCGCCUUGGGACCCUGAGGUUACGGAGGUGCUGGUGGCAGCUGGAGGCUGGCUUGUCCGUACCCUACCCUACCGCUACCGGGUGUCUUGCGUGCGCUGGAAACAUCCGUGUAGUUGCUCAAGCGCCCCGUACACUAACCACGGGUGCGGCAGCAUCUACACAGUAUGGUACUUCUCGAUAUCAGGUUCAUACUCGUUCAAUCGCUACUGGCGCCCACCACCUAUUACUGCCGCUGCGACGUAACCCAGAAACACGAGAGGGGGGCUAGAGUAAAACCCUCCGUGACCUAGGCUUAAGUAGGUGGCGACACACAGGGCCACACUUUGGUAAACAGAGAGUGUCGGCAGCGCUACAAGGGCAGUGAGACAGCAAUAGUACCAUGGUAACAGCCGCCUGAACUCCUUCCCCCAUGCAAACCAGCAACCCCCCAUCGCCACGUCACUGUGAGAGAUGGGAAACAUGCAAGAGGUCAAGGGAGGCCACGCAAGCAACCAUACCGCCCGAUCUUCCAUCCGCAAUGCACCGUGACAUACGAAACGCCAUGGGAGGGGGAAGGGGCAAGGAGCCGCGCAAUCCUCCAUGCCGCAUCCAACCGUAACCACACAUUGUCUCAUCAUGCGCAGCCCUGGCGGGCUCUAUCGUAGACGGCAGCGAGUAAGGG